AUGCGAGAUACGCGAGACAACGAUGGAAGUUCAAAUGCAAAAUUUGGAGGUUAUAGUUUUAAAGUUAGCACGUCCGAGUUGGUAGCUGUUCUAAGAAGCAUGGGAGAUAGAGUGCGGUGGCCAAAUGAAAUGAGAUCAAACCCAAACAGGAGAAACCCCAAUUUUUUGUGCGAGUUUCACAGCAAUCACGGUCACAAAACAGCAGAUUGCAGACUACUGCAAUGUGAAGUAGAGCACCUAUUAAAACAAGGUUACUUAACCGAAUUGUUUAGUGAGAAGGGUAAGCAAGCGUAUACGAAGAAUAGACAGGAACCAUCGAAACCUCCAUCACCGAAGAGAACGGUUAAUGUCAUAAGUGGAGGAGAGGAGGUCAACGUCGUAACAUAUACGACAGCAAAGAAGGUGUCAAAAAUCACAGUCACCCACGGGAAGCGAGUUUGUCAAGUUUUGGAAGAAGAUAGUAUAACAUUUGAUGAUGCAGACGCAGAUGUUGUGUUGAACCCACAUAAUGAUGCUCUGAUACCAAGAGACGAGAAUGUCGAAGCAGAUGCGUUAGCUAAUCUUGCAUCCGCUGCAGAAGUGACAAAUGAAGAGAAUGCUUCUAUUGUCAAUCUUUUGCAUUACGGAAUACUACCCGAGGAUAAGAAAAAGGCUCAGGCACUUCGUCGAAAGGCUUCUCGUUACUGUUUGGAUCGAGGCAAUCUAUAUCGAAAAAUGUUUGGUGGCCCUCUAUCAAGGUGUCUCGGACCUUCUCAAACGGAGUACGUGAUGAGAUAA